AUGGACAUAACUUACCCGUUACCUCAUCCCGGACAUGAGAAUUUGCAAACUUCCCGAGCGCCUAAUUGGUCUAAUAAUGAAUCAUGUCGGUCUGAGUUGGAACCUGCAAGAGCGUAUGGACCAAUUCUAGAAUCUAAUGAAAAGAAGCGAAAUGCUAAGGCUGCGAAUUUACAGCCAAGCACGCAGUCAAACAGACGGAGUCGCUUUAGCAGAGGCUCAAGAGAUGCAGCUCCAGGACCAUCAGACUUGAUUAGAAACAACCCAAACAUGGACACGGGAUAUACCAUCGACCCUAUACCGAAGCCUGGAUACUACACUGGAGAUAGCUUGUUCAUUAAAAAUACAUGGAAUUUAUUUCAGAUUGCGCGUCGUAAACGCCUCAGACAUCAAUAUCAUCCUCUUAAAAAGGGUUACAUCCGUGUGCUUUAUCUACACCCAGGCGACCCACAGGACGCAAUAUUUGUAUCAAUGGCAACAGUUCCUUUGGAUGAAGCCCCAAAUAACAUUCAUUACGAGGCUCUCUCAUACGUGUGGGGAGAUGAUACGGCCCUCUUUCCAAUAUAUAUCUUCAACAUGACUCGCAACGAGAACCAUCGCAAGAUCAGCGAGGACAAAGACUGCCCUAUACAAGAGCAGUUUAGUCAAAUUUUCGAGCACGUCUCCAUAUUUCCGGUUCGGAAGAAUCUUUACUCAGCUCUUCAUCGCAUGAGAAAAUUGCCACCAAGAAAAGGAGAGAAGCUCGACUAUCGCAAUUGGUGGAGACCAUCUUACACAAAGGUUCUCUGGGUCGACGCCAUUUGCAUGAACCAAAAAGAUAUCGACGAAAAGAACAAACAGCUCCCGCUCAUGGCUGAAGUCUACAAGAAGGCUCAGAAUGUCUGCAUCUGGCUGGGAGAAGCGACGCCAAUGAACGUAAUCAGCAUGGACUUGAUCUCCGAACUGAAACAGACCCCGAUCGACGAACACAUGUUCAACUUAUUUGAAGAUGAAAACAAGCGGUCGGUUUUCCUUGAUCUGAUGCGAAACCAGUGGUUUGGUCGAAGGUGGAUUCUUCAGGAAUUAUUUUACGCUCAAAAAGCUACCAUUCAUUUCGGAGCGAAGAAACAGGACAGUGAGUCAUUCUUUAUUGCUCUUGGCCGUGCUUUGGAGAUACUACAGGAGUCAACCGAGAAUGACUCUCUGUAUCCCACCUCUAGAGAGACGUUGAAUGCGUAUGGUGCUACUGUCCUGAGAAGUCUGCUGUUCUCGGAGGUACUUAGAAGAGAUGCACUUCGUAAACCGUAUCCAACAAAGGCUCUGGACUGGUUAAUCGCCAAACUUACACCAUUCGAUGCUGGCGACCCAAGGGACAUCGUGUUCGCGGUAUACAACUUGGCAAAGAAUGACCCCUGCGUCCCAAUCCCACCGACGGAUUACAAUAGCAGUGUACUUGAUGUGUUCACUCGAAUGAUCGAAUAUAGCUACAAUUUGGGCAGCGGCCUUGACAUAAUACUUAGGUGUUGGGUACCAACACAUAAUUGGCAUUGGAUUAAUCUCAACAAGCAUGACCGACGUCGAGUCGACUCAGUGCUACCUUCCUGGAUGCGCACUCUAGAUAAAUCCGCCUUUGGUAUUCCUAGCGAAGUCUUCGGGGGUAGAAUUAAUGGUGAUUCUUUCGUUGGCGAGACAGAAUCUCGGUUCAAAGCUUCAGGUUCGCGAAAAGGCGUUGCGAUAUUCGGCAAACGACCGAAAGAGAAGCUGUGGUAUUCAGAGUGCACCCCGGCAGAUCCACUGCCUUCGCCAGCACCUCACGUUGUUCUACGAGAGGUAUAUGAUGGCUCACUCCAAGUCCAUGGGCAGGUCAUCGGUAGAGUCUGCGAGCGUUCCGAUCGUAUGCUUCCAGGAAUCAUUCCGCGGGACGUUCUCCGGAUGGGGGGAUGGAAGCACAGCGACACAAAUGAGAGGCUUGAACUUGACGGUAUUCCAGAGCGUCUGUGGAGGACCCUGAUCGCGGCGAGCACGUCCAAGAAUGGCCAUAACCUUGACGAUCACUCAGCAUGCCUUCGCAUGAUGCGGCUCCAAGACAGAUCCGGCGAUAUUCGCUACGACGUCGUCCUCAAGAAUGCAAGAAGAGAUAAAAUCGACCGCUGGCUCAAGGACUAUCUCGAGCGUGCACGCGUAGCCUGCUACAACCGCCGGGCCAUACUCGUGGAGCCGGAUCUGGACGGUGUUUCCGCCGCCGUACUUCAGGACGGAACAUUCUUCGGUCUGGCCCCCGACGAGGUCCAAGUAGGAGACACAGUAGCCGUGAUAUACGGGUGCAGCGUCCCCGUCGUUCUCAGGCAAGUCCGCGAAAGGCCACCCGCCGGCUUCAGCGUGCGCGACCCUUUCGUACGCAAGAAAGCAGGCGCUGACCAAACGCCGUAUCUGAUGCCACGCGGGCCUUCGCCGGAACCGCGUUCGACGUCACCUGCGCCUGCUUCUCCUGCAUCGUCAAGACGAUCACAAAGUCCCUCUCCCGCACCCUCUGAUGAAGCGUUUUCGACGCAGUCGACUCCUAUCGAAGGCGCUGCAGAGCUAUGGGCCGUUGUUGGUGAUUGCUAUGUCGAUGGCAUGAUGGACGGCGAAGCGGUGGAUGAAAACGCUUCGCAAAGAGUGCGAUCCUUUGUUCUAGUAUAA